AUGAGUAGAUAUUCCUCGGCAACGGUGACCGGCAGCUCAAACAAGGUCUUGUAUGAUUGCGCAAUUGGUGGUUCUGGAGAUACUGCCCUUGGCAUGGGGGCAAAGAACCUGAUCUUUCGGUUUACUCUAUGGAUGGAUAAGAGGGUAACGGUGGGCAACAUGACUGGUGCCGUGUGCUCAAGACGGAAUAUCUCAGUCAUCGAGAGCCUGUCGGUUGGGAGAAAAGAGAAAGAUGCCAUCGUGUUUUGCCUUGGUGGAUACUGCCAUCUAGAGGCCCAGGCGGUUGUGCUCGCAGCAAUAGAAUUGCCCGACUCUGCACUCUCUGGCUUAUCAGUUGAGACCACAAUAGCGGCAAUGUUGGAUAUAAUUGUGUGGUUUCUUCUAUUUCUUGACGUACGUGACCUCGGUGGCCGAUACUUAUCGAUGAGACAAGUGAAAAGGUCCCUUUCCUUGAGACUGUAUGAGAUGAUCCAUUUCUACCCGGUUACUAAGGUAAGCAUCAAGGCCCGGUCAUGGCCACAUGACUGGCGAGCUGUGACUUCUGGUGCGUGA